GCCUGAAUCGCGUGGGCGCUGAUGAAUUUCUCGUUUUUGUUCUUGGUUUGGAGCUCUAAUGGCUGCCAUUCUGAGUAUCUUUCAUGGGUUUUUGUUUGGUUUGUCUCUAAGACUGGUUUUGUGUUCUGAAAUUAGGGCUCAACGCGUCAUUGCUCGCUCUCAAGGGAUUGAAGUGCCAAUAUUGAAGCCUUUUCUUUCUGCGAAGCUAGUAGCACUGUAUGCAUUUGUGAUUUUUGGGAGCUCAACAAUAUGUCAUGCUUAUCUGCAAUUAACCAUGGGCUGCCCUGUUAUCAUUCUCCACUUUCCUCCAAGAACCACAAUACAGUUCUAUCAAUUUCUACUGGCCGUGGAAGAGGGUUGUGGUCCUUGCCAGGUCAUCUUAGUUUAUGGGUAAAACCCAUGGUCCAAGUAAUACCACCUCACCUGCCUUCCCGUCAGCAUUCUUGGAGAUGUUGCCAUGUUAAAGGUGAAAAUUCAGAGGGGGUUUUAAGCGAUGAAAGCAUUGUCUUGGAUGAGCAAACAUUAGAGCAGGACCUGCAGAUGGCCAUUGAGGAAGAAAACUAUGCUCGAGCAGCAAAAAUCAGGGAUAGCCUCCGGCUUCUUCAUGAGGACAGCAAGGCUUCUGUUCUAGCAGCAAAUAAUCGGUUUUACAAUUCGUUCAGGAAAGGAGACGUGGCUGCCAUGCGAGCCCUGUGGGCAAAAGGGGAUAAUGUGUGUGUUGUACAUCCUGGUGUGGGUGGGAUAUCGGGUUAUGAUCUCGUCAUGGGAAGCUGGGAGUUCGUAUGGGCGGACUAUGAAUUCCCACUUGAGAUUGAGGUAAAAGAUGCUCAAGUUCAUGUCAAAGGUGAUAUUGGGUAUGUGAGAUGCAUUGAAAUGGUUAAGACCAAAGGCAGCAGUUGGGGGCAACAGUAUGUGACAAACGUGUUUGAGAGGAUUGAUGGUCAGUGGUGUAUUUGUAUUCACCAUGCUUCACAUAUUGACUUAAGAAGAUAAAUUGUAAGCUUUUUUGCCUCA